GCGGGGCCGAGGGACGUGGGCGGGCAGCCAGGCCGCUCUCCUGGCCUGCGGGUGGCUCGGUGCCUGACCGCGGGAGCUCGGGGAGCUGAGUUUGCCCCUUGAGCCGCGGCCUCAGAGGAGGGGGUUCCGGACGCGCUGCCCCGGAGAGUUGCGCUCGAGCACCCGGGCCCCUGUGCCCUGGGCCAGCUGCUCGGCCCACUGUGAACCCGGCCCCCACAGCCCUGCCCGCUUCCGCCUGCCAGCCCCCUUUGCUUGGACUCAGACCCCCGCCCUCCGCGGGACGCCCGCCUUGCCGGAGGGGGGCGCUAACUGGGUUGGGGACAGUCGGCUCCUCUCUCUCCCCGGGGGUUUGAGCAGCGGGUGGGAGAGCCCUCCUGGAGCAGAGGGCUGGGAACGACACGUACGAACUUCUAAGGAAGGAUGGCCCGCACUAUGGAACCACUGGCAAAGAAGAUCUUUAAAGGAGUUUUAGUAGCUGAACUUCUAGGCGUUUUCGGAGCAUAUUUUUUGUUUACUAAGAUGAACACAAGCCAAGAUUUCAGGCAUACAAUGAACAAGAAAUUCCCUUUCAUCUUAGAAGUUUAUUACAAAUCCAUCGAACAAUCUGGAAUGUACGGGAUCAGAGAACAAGAUCAAGAAAAAUGGCUGAAUAGCAAAAAUUAGGGCCAGUCAUCACGCUCGGCCUCCCAUCUAAGCUGUUUGAGACCUGUGGGAGGA